UACAAUCACAGGCAUUCAGAGUCACCAGGAUGUUGAACAUCACCAAGGUUCAGUUUACUUUGCAGCUUCCUACCUUUUCCAGAUUCUCAGACAGGCUUUUGCAGCCUCUAUGGGACUAUUUCCUUUUCAAUCACUACUCCCUCAUCUCUUCUCCCUUAUUCCCUGUCAUGAUCUGCUUCUCCAGUUACUUCUUCUCUAGUCUCCCCUUUGCUGUACUAGACCUCCUGGGAGAUAAUGUCCCCUCCAUUCACCGCUACAAGAUACAGCAAGAGAGACGUCCAACCAUUCGGAUGAUGGCAAAGAGCUUCGGAAGGGCUGUAUAUAACCACUUGAUCUUUGUUCUGCCUGCUGUGCUGAUUCAGACCUGCUUUAUGCCUUCAGUGGUGCUACCUACCAGUGCUCCAACUGUGGUAGAGGUGCUCAUUGAUGGACUGGCUGUCCUUCUUCUUUUUGACACACAGUAUUUUAUGUGGCACUUUGUGCACCACAAACAUCCACAACUGUACCGGUGGGUCCAUGCCAUCCACCAUGAAUACAUGGCACCCUUCUCCUGGUCCACUCAGCAAAUCAGCAUUCCAGAACUGAUAACAGUUGGAUUCUGGAGCAACCUGGACCCCAUCCUGUUGAAAUGCCACCCUUUUACCAUCUGGUGCGUCACCAUCUUAAGUAUCUGGAUGUCAGUGGAGGACCACAUAGGCUAUGACCUGCCAUGGAGUCUCAACCACCUGGUACCAUUUGGACUGUUAGGAGGAGCACCAGCACAUGACAUGCACCACCAGAAGCCCAACAGUAACUAUGCACCUUUCUUCAGCCACUGGGAUAGAAUUUUUGGGACUGCCAUCCUGGCAGGGAAGAUAACUGAGAAAAAAGGGUUUUAUUCUCUGUAAAUAGAAAAAUUCACUAUAAUUAUUAUGUUCAUACUUACUUUUAUUGCUUACUGUGCAUUGUACAUACAAAUAAAAUGUGUCUUUGUUUUUA